UCAUCUUGCUGAAAGAAUCAAUCUUAAAGCUCAUCUGUUCAUCAGUUGAUCUCUUUGCUAAGGUUUUUUUUUUUUUGUCGCAGGUCUCCUUCACCAUGACCAUGGGUCACACUCUGCUCCAGACCUCUCUGGUUCUCUGGUUGGCUCAGCAAACUCUGCAAGGCGGGGUUAAACCUCAACCACAAACUGUGUCCUGGGGGAGAGUGUUGCCAGUGAGAGGUGUUGGCAUUGGAGUAAAACCUGGAGUUGCAGGUGCCCUUGGAGCACUGGGAAGCCGAUAUGGCAGCAAAGCAAUGAAGACUGGACUUGGACGUUAUUCAGGGGCUCAGCUUGGUGCUGGAGGUUACAGAUCUCUUGGAUUGGGAGGUAGGGCCGGCCUGAGGCAAGGUGGAUAUGGAACUCCGGGGGCCUAUGGUGCAAAUCUGGGUGCUGGAAUGCCUUUGGGGGCUGGACUAACUAAUGGACUGGGACUGGGUUUGGGCCAGGGAGGAAAGCGUGUUUACGGUGCUGGUCUUGGUACUCACCCAGGAUACGGGCCUUUAGCCGGCAUUGCUUAUCCUGGAGCCCGGCCCGGAGCUGGACUUGGGUAUCACACUGGACACAAGGCUAAAGAGCAAAAACCUGGUGUGUCUACAGCAGACUUGGGUGGACCUGAGAUGGCAAAUCUGGGCCAAGCUGUUCAAGAGCUGAAGAGAGAAAAAAGCAGUCACUUGUAUGGACAAAGAGACACGACUGGCGGACUUGAAACGCCCAGUAUGGGGAGAGGCAACAUACUCGGUCCCACUGCUCUUGACACUGGCUUUAGACAGGUCAAAAGCCUUGAUCCGAUGGUUAAGUCAUCAAGUCUUAGACCAUUGACACCCUUUGACAAACAAAGAAAACUUCUGGCACAAGGAGGCGAAAGUUAUGAUCCUAUGCUUUUAGAAAGAAGGAGUGCAGCAAACCAUGGAGCCACACUUGCCGCCCGAAGUGUAAGACAGCAACUUCCACUUGUUCAAGCCAAUAUCCGAACUCAGGGUUCGCCUCAGGUACAGCAUACAGGAGAAUACGAUUCAUUAAUCCAUCCAAAUCAGCGACGCCCAAACUGUGGACCAACUAGAGAUUCAUCAGGUGUUCUGGACAUUAAGCGCCGUGAGCUUCUUGGGUCAGAAAGGCAGAGGACUCCGAGUUUAUUUCCCAGGAUUCACGCUGAUAAGGACAGCAAACACCUUGGACACACAAUUCAACAAGCACGAGGCGAAAUAAAUUAUGGACUGCCUCUCCCACAAAUUCAAGAUGUCCGAAGUGGUAUAUACUCACUAUCACACGGUCAGGCAACAGGAAGCCAUUUAUCUGCCGUAGCAGAUGGGCAGGCUGUCAAAGACCUUGGGCCUUCCCAGAAGACGAAAGGGCCUAGGAUUCAUGGGAGCAUUGCUGUAGAAAACCUUAGUCCUGGUUCCGUUAAUCUUCAGGUACAAGGAGCGAGGAACCAAGGACCUGUGAGUGGAAGUGAAAUCCAAAGUUUAGGCAUUACCUCAAUAGAAAGGCAAGAAGGUGAAGGUGUAACUGUUGAUGGUCAGGAACAAAUACCCUUUUCUCAUACUGACCAUGAUGUCACAAAGUCAAAAGCUCUCAGCAUCCCAGGACAGACUGGGAGGCGUAACCAGGCAACAAGUUACAUGGGUGGAGCAGGAAACUAUGGGGGCCACGGGGGCUAUGGGGCAGGUUUGGGACAGGGCGCAUACCUCGGUGCAACUGGCAAACUUGGAGCUGCUGCUGCUCUUGGACAGGGUGGAUAUCCCCAUGGUGCUGCAGGGAUAUCACCUGGCUAUGGUGAGGGAGCAACUGGUUACCUGGGUGCUAUGGCAGGCAAUGGCUACGGUGGAGAUGCUGCAAAGGCGAUGUCUGCAGGUUAUGGGAAUGGUUACAGCGAUGGUUACGGGGCUGGGCUUGGUUACCCUGCAGAGUUAGCUGAUGGUGCAGGACACAAAGCAAGAAAGAGUGAAGCCCUCAGCACAGGCGGCUACGCUGGGCAGGUCCAGGGGGCGUAUGGAGCGCUCGGUGCAGGCCUGGAAUCCCCUGGUGGCAAAUAUGUAGGAGGAGCUGCUCAGGUUCCUUACGCGAAUGCUCCAGUGAUCCCUACUGGACUGGAGGCUGAUGGCGGCUACCCAUAUCCUGCUCAGCAGCUGGCCCUGGGUGCAGAAGGUGCAAAAACCGCCAACAAAUUUGGGACUGGUGCAGGGUUCGGAGCUCAGCAAACAGGUUACCGCGCACAGCUAGGAGCAACUCAAGAUGCCUUGGGAGAUCAAACUGGCAAAUAUGGAGGAGUGGAUGGUGCGCUUGGCAACGGAUACAAAGGUGAGAAUGAGGGAACGGUUGACACUUAGUGCUUCUUAGGUCAAGCUUAAACUGAGAUUGUUUAAGUUCACCUCCUUGUGUCAUGUGUGCCCCUAUUCAACAGUAUAUGCCAACAAAAAAGCACAAAAUAUCUGAUUCUUUUUUUCAGCUAAGUGUAAUAUGUGUGCCCAUGACAACCAAUAAUGUCUUAACAUCCACCAAUCUAUCAUCUUAUAGCUGCUCAGCGCUAAGAUUAAUCAGUAAGCCAUCUAGCAACAGAGUGUCAAAAGAGGUGUGGCACCUAAAACCUCAUUGUUUAAAAAAAUACUGAGGGGCAUAAAUGUGUCUGUGACAGCCACAGAUCAUGUAAACACCAUUUAACGGUUGAUCAGUACUGCUUCAGCAACAACGUGGAGCAUAGAUGGGCUAAGCCUCUUUCUCCCUGAGGGGGCAGACACAACUUUAUUUAUCACUUUUCCACUUUCAAAUACAAUUCUUCCCGGCAUUAUUUCAAUGCCCGUCUAUCCUGAGCGCCUCGUUUAAGCUCAAAUCACCAGAAAUGCUGACUCAACAUCAUCAAACUUUUUACAACCCCACCAAAGAAGUUCUUAGAUUUUCAAAUCAAAUCCAUUUUGACGUUACUUUUAUUCCUUAUUUAAAGAGCUUCUCUCAUUUCAUGAAAAGUAUAAAAUGUCUGAGUUUGUUAUGAGUGACAUAUAGUAUUGUGUUAUGUCGGCAGCACUGCACAGACUUUGCUGCAGUCUUGUGCAUGUCAUCAACCAGUAAAAAUAUUUAUUUCCUUAAUCAUUAUCUUUGCUCUCCACCCCCUGCCCUCUUUGUCUUUGUCUUCAACCAGGCUAAUUCAAUUGACCUGAACUUCUUCAAGUGGAUCAAGUCCAUAAUGUGUUCAGUGUUGUGUGUUUUUUAAAGCGUUUUUUUUGUGUUUCACUCCAAUUCAUCCUGUUGUGCUGUCUGUUGUCUUUUGUUUAAUCUUUCUUAGAUCUUUUUUUUUUUCGUUCUCUGUAAGUGGACAUGUGUUACCCAUAUCUGUUUGUCUUUGUCCAAAACACAUUAUUACCCCACCAUAGAUGAGCAUAAAUAAAAUUGUCUCUAUGUUUUGAAAUGAUUAUUGAAAUGAUAUCACUGUUUGAAUCCAAUAGAUUAUAUGUCAAAUGCUGAAUUAAAGUCUGUUAAUAAAAA